CCUCUUGGGCUGUGGGCGGGGCCUAUCCUGUGAGGCGGGAGGAGAAGCGGCGGCGAGGCGCCCGGAUGAGCGUGCCCUCGGAGCCCUCGCUGGAGGCCGCGGUGCAGGCGCUGGAGCGCAGCCUCCUUGGGGCCCCCGGCCAGGGCUGGUAGCCAUCCUGCUUGGCGGCCCGGAUCCGUGAGAUCCUCACCCAGAGCCUCUGCGGAGAGCCAGCCCUCCCUCCGGACGCGAUGGCGGCCCCCUCCUCUCCGUCCUCGCUGCUGUCCGUCCAGGAAGAGAACCACCUCCUGCAGCAGGAGCUCUCCCGCCUGGAGGACCUCCUGGCCCAGAGUCGGGCCGAGCGCGACGAGCUGGCCAUCAAGUACAACGCCAUCAGCGAGCGGCUGGAGCAGGAGCUGCGCCUGGAGACGGGGCCCGGCCGGGAUGCGGCCUCCCCGCCGGAGAGCAAGGCCCUGGCCCAGCAGAACGUGGAGCUCCGGCGGCGGCUGGAGGAGGAGCAGGCCGGCUACAAGCGCAAGCUGCAGGCCUACCAGGAAGGGCAGCAGCGCCAGGCCCAGCUGGUGCAGAAGCUGCAGGCCAAGGUCCUUCAGUACAAGAAGAAGUGCGGGGAGCAAGAGCAGCAGCUGCUGGAGAAAUCCACAGAGCUGGAGCAGCAGCAACUAGUGGGCCGCCUGGACCUGGCCGAGUCCUGCCUGCGCCUCGACGAGGAGCACAGCAGCGACCUGGAGAACGCCCUCAUCCGCCUGGAGGAAGAGCAGCAGAGGAGCGCCAGCCUUGCCCAGGUCAACGCCAUGCUGAGAGAGCAGCUGGACCAGGCCAACACGGCCAACCAGGCCUUGAGCGAGGACAUCCGGAAGCUGACCGCCGACUGGACCAAGGCCCGGGAGGAGCUGGAGCAGCGGGAGGCCGAGUGGCGGCGAGAGGAGGAGUCGUUCAACGCCUACUUUAGCAACGAGCACAGUCGCCUCAUGACUCUCUGGCGGCAAGUGGUCGGCUUCCGGAGGCACUUCCACGAAAUGAAGACCCAGACGGAGAGGGACCUCUCGGAGCUGGGCCACGAACUCUCCCGCUCCGGCCGCGCGGCGCAUGCCUCCUGCCUGGACGUAGUCAGCCGCCUGCGCUUGUCGGAGAGCGGUGCCACGGCGCAGGUGGAGAAGCAGGCGCGGCUGGCAGCACAGAUGGAGGAGCAGCUGAGGGACAAGGUCCGCGACAUGAUCCAGCUGCAGGUCCGCUGCGACCUGGAGAAGGCCGAGCUCAGCAGCAGGAUCGGGGAGCUCACUUCGGGCUUGGAGCGCCUGAAAGGCCAGAACGCGGAGAAGGCCCAGGCCAUGGAAGCGAUGAGCGAGAAGCUGGAGGCCUUGGAAGCUUCUCGCGCCCAGGAGCAGGCCUUGGCCGAGGCGGAGGAGAUGGACGCCCUGCGGACGGAGUCCGAGGCCCUCCAGCAGACUCUCCGGGACCUCGCACAGGCUGUGCUCUCGGACGCCGACAGUGCCGUCCAGCUCUCGGCUGCCUCCUCCUGCGAGAGUGACGCCGUGGGCCUCGGCCUGAGGGGCCUCUCGUCCAGCCUGCGGACCCCCUCCCCUCUACGCCGCCCCUCCCCCCGCAGGGGCCUCUCCCCCGUCUUCCCAGCGGAGCCCACCCUGGUCCUGGUGCAGGCGGCCCUGCACAAGCGGCAGCUCCAGCUCCAGGAUCUCCGUGGGAAAUUCGAGGCGGCCCAGGACCGGAUCUCCUCCUUGAAGAGGCAGCUGGCCGAGCGCGACGAGGACCGGCGGUCCUUAGAGCAGGAGGCCCAGCGGCUGAAGGGCGACCUGGAGGCCGUGGCCGUGGCCCAGGAGGAGGCCUCGCGCGACGCCACCCGCUUCCGCUCCUCUGCGGAGCACCUGGGCAGCGAGAAGGCCGCCCUGGAGAAGAGCUUGAAGGCCGCGCUGGAGGAGCUGGAGGAGCUGCGGCGGGAGAGCGAGCAGCUGCGGGCGGCCAACAACGACCUCCGGCGUCUUCGCGAGGCCCUCGAGGAGGAGAAGGAGGAGCUCCUGAGGGACCAGGAGCGGGGACAGAAGGAGACAGAGCGCAGUCAGAGGCACCUGGAGCACCUGGAAGGGGCCAGAUCCAGCCUCAAGAAGGAGCUCGUCCUGGCCAAGGAGGCCCUGAGCAAAGCCAGCCUGGAGAAGGAGGUCCUGGAGAACGAGAAGGCCGAGGCAGCGGCAGCCCUGACCAAGUUAGAGGCAAACCUGGCCGAUCUCCAACUGGCCCUGAGCCGGACCCGGACCGAGGAGGCCUCCCUGCGCGACUCCCUCUCCAAGAUGGGCGCCCUCAACGAGGCUCUGGCGCAAGACAAGACGGAGCUGCACCGCGUCAUCGUCCAGCUGGAGGAGGAGAAGGCCUCCCUCCUGGGGAGGAAGGAGGCCGCGGAGCAGGAGAAGGCCACCCUCCGGGAGGAGCUGGUGCGACUGGAGCAGGAGCGGCUCGACCUGGCCACGCAACGCCACGGCUUGGGACACUCUCUGCAGGCGGCGGAGGCCGGCCGGGAGGCGCUGGAGCAGGAGGUGGCGGCCGUGCGGGAGGAGCGGGAACGCCUCCAGGAGCAGCUGGGGCAGGCAACCCGCCAGAGGAACGCGGCCACGGAGGAGCUGUCGGUGGUGCGCCGAGAGCUGGAGCGUCACAGCGAGGCUGUCCUCCGCGCAGCCAAGGAGAAGGAGGCUCUGGCCAAAGACAAGGCCGGCCUGGCCGUGCAGCUGGACGCCUCCGAGCGGGAGAACCGGGGCCUGGCCCAGGAGAUGGCCGGACUCAGGUCCGAGAAGGACUCCCUGGAGGCCGCCCUCUUUGAGGCCCAGCGGCGCCUGGCCCAGACGGAGGCCCAGAAGGAGCGGCUGGAGGCCGAGGGACGGGCCUGGCUCCUGGCCAAGGAGGCCUUGCAAGUGGAGCUCCAGAGCGUCCGGCAGCAGACGGAGUCCACGGUUUCCCUCCUGGAGCGAGAGAGAGACCAGGCGGCGCAGAAGGCGGCUCAGGUGGAACAGGAGGCGCAGGCGGCCCUGAGGAGCGCACAGGCGGCCCACGAGGAGCACCUGGACCGCCUCCAGCGGGAGAAGGAGGCACUGCGCCUGGAGCUUGAGGCCGAGCGACAGGAGCUGCUACAACGCACGGCACAGGAGCGGGAGGAGCUGCAAGGGCGGCACGAGGCGGAGAAGGAGGAGCUGGGCGAGGAGGUGGCGGCCCUGCAGCAGGAGAGGGACGAGGGGCUGCUCCUGGCCGAGAACGAGAAGCAGCAGGCGCUGUCCCUCAAGGAGUCUGAGAAGGCCGUGCUGCUGGAGAAGCUCUCGGCCGCUCAGGAGACCCUAGCCAGCGCCACCCUGGAGACGGAGCGGCUGCGGCGGGAGGCUUUGGGGCGCCAGGAGCACGAACGGGGCACCAUCAGCGCCUUGAACUCGGAGCUGCGUGGGCUGCGGGCCCAGUUCGAGGAGGCCAUUGCGGGCCACGAGCGGGAGGCCAAGGCUCUGCACGAACAGGCCCGGGAUCUUGCCAGGCAGCGGGAGGCCGCUCUCCGAGGGGCGGAGGAGCUGAAGGCGCAGCUGCGUCUGGCGGAGGAGGCCCGCGAGGCCCUGCGGCGGGAGCAGGCGGAGGCCCAGCGCAAGGCCCGGGCGGCCCAGGAGGAGCAGGAGUCCCGGCGCAAGGAGGCCGCGGAGCUGCGCAGGAGCCUGGCCGACGAGGGGAGGGAGAAGGACGCCCUGCAGAGGUCCAACGCCGAGCUGCGCAUCGCCCUGAAGCGGGCCGAGGGGGAGCGCAUCAGCUUGAAGCGGGCCAACGAGGAGAAGGAGCAAAAGAUGUCCGUCCUGGAAGAGGCCCGGGCGGCCAUGGAGAAGGAGGCCGCCGAUGUCCGUAGCAGCCUCCAAGAAGUGGAACGGUCAAGGCUCGAAGCCCGACGGGAGCUGCAGGAGCUGCGGAGACAGGUGAAGAUGCUGGACAGCGAGAACAGCAAGAAGAGCAAGGAGGUGGCGGAGCUGCAGUCCCGGGUCUCCCUGGAGGAGCAGCGCGAGGCGGAGAGCCGCAGAGAGUCUUUCGGCCUCAAACAGAAGAUCGUGGAGAGCGAAGCCGGGCGGGAGUCUGUCCGGAAGGAGCUCCAGAACCUGCAGCGGAGGCUCUCAGGCUUGGAGCAGGAUUUCCGCCUGCGGGAGCGGGAGCUGCGCGGCGGCCUGGAGGAGUCCCGGGGCAACGAGCGGAAGCUGCAGGACGAGUCCCGCAACCUGGGCCUGAAGCUGGAGGCGGCGGAGGCGGCGGCGGCGGAGCUGGGCCUGCGGCUGAGCGGGGCGGAGGGGCGGGCGCAGGGCCUGGAGGCAGAGCUGGGUCGCGUGGAGGGGCUCAGGCGGCAGGCGGAGGCACGGCUGGGCAGCCUCCACUCGGCCCUCCGGAGGAGCCUGGGCCUCGGCCACCACAAAGGGUGCCCCCCCAGCCUGUCCCUCGCAGGACCCCCCCCAAAAGGUGACGUGACCAAGGAGGAGGAGCGGGCGGGGAGCCCCGCGGAGCAGACCCUGUCUCCCAGCCGGAGCGAGCAGGCGAUGGCCGACGUUGACCCGGAGGCCGUGAGGACCGCACUCCAGGACUUGCUGCAGGAGAUGAGGGAGACGCAGCGAGAGCGGGACGAAGGCCGCUCCCGCCUGGGAGCCCUGACCCGCCAGCUCGCCGAGAUGGAAGCCGACCGGGACGCGGCCAAAUCCCGGGUGCAGCAGUUACAGAAGCAACUGGCCGAGAGCGAGGAUGGAAGGCGCAGUCUGGAGGGGAGGCUGAGCGAGGCCCAGUCCGCGAUGGCGCUGCAGGAGGAGAGCCUGCGCCAGGGCGAGAGGGAGCGCAAGGCCCUGGCAGAGAAGGCGGCGGACCUUGACCGGGCCCUGAGGGCGUUGGAGGGGGAACGCAAGGCCAGCCAGGAGAGGAUGGCCAAGAUGAAGGCCGGCGAGGCCCGGCUGGAGGCGGACAAGCGGCGGCUGAAGGAGGUCCUGGACGCCUCGGAGGGCCGGGGCACCAGGCUGGAGCUGCUCCGGCGCUCGCUGGAGGGGGAGCUGCAGAGGGCCAGGCUGGGGCUGAGCGACCGCGAGGCCGAAGUCCAGCUGCUGCGCGACCGCCUCGAGGUCCUGCAGAGACAGGUGUCGGAGAGCGAGGCCAAGGCCGGCGCCUUGCAGCUGUCUCUGGACCGCAGCGGCCUCUCUCUGGCCAAAGCCACGGAGGCCGAGAACUGCCUGAAGGAGAAGCUCCAGAGCCUGAGUGCCUCCCUUGCUGAGAGCCACAGCGCGGCCGGAUCGGCGCAAGAGAAGGCCCUGCAGUUGCAGAAGGCCCUGGCGGCCAGCGAGCACGACCGGAGGGUCCUGCAGGAGCGGCUGGACGUGGCCCGGCAGGCGGCCUCGGAAGCCAAGAAGCAGAGCGGGGGCCUCUCGGAGCGGCUCCAGGCGCUGACCAGGGAGGCGGCCGAGCGGGAGAUGCAACGGGAAGAGACGGAGGCCCUGGCCAGGCAGCGGGAGGAGCGGCUGCUCCAGCACCAGGAGGGCGAGGCGGUGGCGCUGCGGGGCCUGCAGCGGGCGCAGGAGGAGCGGCGCAUGUUUCAGGAGCGGAUGGGCGCCCUGCAGCGGGCCCUGGCCCUGAUGGAGGGCGAGAAGCGCGAGGCCGAGCGCGGGGCCCUGCGCCUGGAGAAGGACCGGGAGGCCUUGCGGAAGACCCUCGACAAGGUGGAGCGCGAGAAGCUGCGCAGCCACGAAGACUUGGUCCGGCUGUCGGCAGAGAAGGGCCACUUGGAGCAGGCCCUGGCCGGAGCAGAGCAAGAGCUGGCGGCCGCGCAGCAGCAGAUACGGAGGCUGGAGGAGCCCCGUCCGGAGCCGGCCCUGGAGGCCAGCGAGGGAGGGGGGCACCGGCAGAGGGUCAAGGCCCUGGAGGAGCAGAUCUCCCUCCUGAAGGAGCAGCUCCAGCGGGAGACCAGGAAGGGCUUCUUCCCACCGCCCGCCACCAUCCUCUCCGGGAAGUAGUCCUUCCGAAGGCGGCACCGGAGCUCUUCCGGGUUUCUAUAGGACCAGAAGGGCCCUGCCUACACUGGUUAUAAUGCAGAUCGGACAGGGUUGUAUGGCAGUGUAGACUCAUAACACUAGGAUUACAUGUCCCUGGGUUCUGAAUGUCAUUUCCUAAUUGGUAAAUGCAAACUGCAUCCUAGGGCAGUGUAAAUGGGCUUGCUGUGAUUUUAUAUGCUUUUAAUAAUGUUUAAUACUGUUUUGAUACCUGCAUAUUUGUAUAUUUUGAGUUAGAUAGAUAGAUACAACCAUGCUUUUAGUUGUGAGCCGCUUUGAGUCUCCGUGUGGAGAGGAAAAGCGGGAUAUAAAUAAGCAUAAUAAUGUGUUGUCGAAGGCUGUUGUGGCCGGAAUCACUGGGUUGCUGUGAGUUCUCUGGGCUGUAAGGCCAUGUUCCAGAAGCAUUCUCUCCUGACGUUUCACCCACACCUAUGGCAGGCAUCCUCGGAGGUUUGUGAGGUCUGUUGGAAACGAGGCCAGUGGGGUUCAUAUACCUGUGCAAUAAUGUCCAGGGUGGGAGAAAAAACUCUGUAGAAAGUUUAUAGGUUGUGUUUCUUCCUCAGCUUCCCUCUGCGGUCAGUGGUUCCCCGAGGCAGGAAGCAGCCAGGCUUUGAAGCUGCAAGGCUGUUCAGUGCUACCCAAGGUGGCCAAUGGCAACAUUCAUACUGUCCUCCCACCCUGGACAUUAUUCCACAGGGAUAUAUAUAUAUAUAUAUAUCAACCUCACCUGCCGAUUUCCAGCCUGCCAUAGAUGUGGGCAAAGCGUCAGGAGAGAAUGCUUCUGGGACAUGGAUAGACAAGCCCGGAAAUCUCACAGCAUCCCAAACAUAUUAAUAAUGUGUUUUUAACCUACCAUGUUUCCCCGAAAAUAAGACAGUGUCUUAUAUUAAUUUUUGCUCCCAGAGAUGUGCUAGGUCUUAUUUUCAGGGGAUGUCUUAUUUUUCCAUGAAGAAGAAUUUACAUUUAUUGUUGAACUAAAAAAUGAACAUUUAUUAUAUACUGCACAGUAGUUGUCAUCACAAACCAGCAGAACCAGACAAACUGUGAAUCCUAUCAAGAAUUUCUUGUUAUUACCAUUAUUUCCAAACAAAAACUUUGCUAGGUCUUACUUUUGGGGCAGGCCUUAUAUUUAGCAAUUCAGCAAAACCUCUACUAGGUCUUAUUUUUUGGGGAUGUCUUAUUUUCGGGGAAACAGGGUAUGUUGUUGCUGGGCUUGGUCGGGGAGAUGGAGGUGUGGUACAAAAAUAAUGUUGUUGUUGUUAUUAUUAUUAUUAUUAUUAUUAUUAUUAUUAAAUAACUACAAUAAUCAUAAUAACGAUGGUAGCUUUGGACCCCAUAAGAGCCCUGUCUCAUUUGGAAAGGGAAUGAGGCACACACCUUUUGGGGUGAAGUGGCCCCCAAAUAAUAAUAAUAAUAAUAAUAAUAAUAAUAAUAAUAAUAAUAAUAAUAAUAAUAACGAAGGGGUAAGUUCCUUCAACCGGGUCCUUCCUUGCACUGUUUCUUUCGUCUCUGUGACCAAAUUUUGUAAACAUGUAGACCUUCCGCAUUUGCAUAGUUCGCUUACCGGUUGAGCCGUCCCUGACUCCAGAUCACGAAUAGGCAAACUUGGGCCCUCCUGGUGUUUUGGACUCCAACUCCCACAAUUCCUAACAGCCUACCGGCUGUUAGGAAUUGUGGGAGUUGGAGUCCAAAACACCAGGAGGGCCCAAGUUUGCCCAUGCUUGGUAUAGACACUAAUAUAUUUCUCUAGGGUUUUUCUAUAAUGUAAACCACUAAUCAGGGUAAACUAGGGGGAAGUUAUUUUUGUAAGGAUGGGAAUAAAAGCUGUCUUGUCCCA